AUGAGAAUAUUAGAAUAUUAUUAUUUUGGAAAAAUGCCUCAAUCAUGUUCGAUGGAACAAUGUAUGCGAACAUCACGUUGGUUAUGUGAUUGUUGCCAACAAUAUCUUUGUUUACAACAUUUAAAUGAACAUAAUGCUUUACUCAUUUCUCAACUAAAUUCUUUGACUAAUAAAAUUGAUACACUUAGUGAUCGUCUUGAAACAUUAAAUAGUCACAAAGCAAUUGGUAAUAGUCGUGAAAAACUUGAACAAUGGCGUCAAGAUUGUUAUAAGAAGAUCGAUUCUUUUUUUGAACAAAAAUGUCAAGAACUUGAUCAACUUGUUAAUGAAAAAGUUAGCCAACAACGAGAAGAACUUAAUCGAAUACAGUCAAAAAUACCUGAACUUAUCAAUACACAAGAAACAACUCGUCAAGAUGUCGAUCGAUUGACAUCAAGUAUUCGUCAACUUGAAACAAAUAUGAACAAAAUUGAACAAACAUGUUUUACAAUUAAUAUUCGUCCAUUAAUAAUAGAUGACACAUUGAUUUCUAUAGAGAAAACGAGUGAUGAUGAACUUGAUCUAUCAACUCUUUCACCUGUUUACAGAACAAUUCAUCGUGCUCAAGAAAGUUUCCGACCAUUUACUGCCAAUGAUCGAUACUUAUUAAUGCAUCAAGAACCAAAUUUAUGUUUAUUAGAUAAAGAAAUGAAUAUAGUCAAGCAAGUACUAUGGCCAUUUGAUGCAAUUCAAGAUAUGUGUUGGUCAUCAACAUUAGAUCGAUUCAUUGUACUUGGAAAAAAUAACAUCUAUCUUGUUAAUGAAAAUACAAUGUCAAUUAAUAAUGUGCAUACAAUGGAAGAACGAAAUUGGCUAUCAUGUACAUGUUCUGAUACAGUUCUCUUUGCAUGUACAAAUGGACGUGCAGCAUCUAUUAUGGAAUUUACAUUAUUUCCAACAAUUGAAUUGAUUAGAGAAUGGAAACAUCCUCGAACAUGUACCAAAGAUGAAUUUAUUGUUAGCACUACUUACAAUAACGAAAGUCUAGCUUUAGUGAUUGUAAAUGUAUUGGAUAAAUCGUUGCGUAUGGAACUGAGAUAUGCAAAGACACUCGAACACAUCUGGACAUUUCGACUUGAUAUUAAAUGGGCUCAAAAAUUAGCAUUUCGUUGUUGUUCACUGCCUUGUAAUGAAUGGCUCAUUAUCGAUCAUGAGACUGGACGUCUCAUUCAGACUACGAAAGAUGGGAAAAUGAAGAAAACAGUUAAAUAUCAACCAACUCCAUGUCGUGCUACUUUAUUGGACACAAAUACACUAGCUGUAUCAACUAUGCAAGGGAUCAAUCUACAUACAAUUCAAUAA